UUUUUGUCACUUUCUUGGCUUUUCUUUUCCCCAUUUAAGCUUCAUAAUCACGCCCCUCUCUUUGGCCAAACACAACCCCUCUCUGUUUUGCACCAUUGCUCCAAUAUACAAUUAGCUAAAUCACUAGUUGGGUUUCAACUUCCAAUUACACAAAAAAGAGUCCUUUUUGUUUACUUAUAAUGGCUGAAUCACCAAGUUUAGCAUCUUCAUCUUCAACUGGGUCGACUCACUCCAUAUCAAACUCGGUCUCCAGAGGAAGUAGUACUACUAGUAGUUACAAACACCCUGUUUACAGAGGAGUGCGUAAGCGCAGUUGGGGCAAAUGGGUGUCCGAAAUUCGACAGCCUCGAAAGAAAUCACGCAUAUGGCUCGGUACUUAUCCCACUCCAGAAAUGGCCGCUCGAGCGCACGACGUGGCCGAGCUGAGCAUCAAGGGUAACUCGGCCGUUCUCAAUUUUCCUGAACUCAGCAAGUCGCUGCCCCGUCCGGCUUCGCUCUCGCCGCCGGACAUACAAGCUGCGGCAGCUAAGGCGGCUGCAAUGGAGCAUUUGAGCACGCUCGAUUCCUCGUCGUUAGAAAUCGCGACGGCGUCUGAUGAACUGGGUGAGAUAAUUGAGUUGCCGAGUUUGGAAGGGAGUUUUGACUCGGCCGAGUCAAGGGCUGAGUUAGCACUGGCUGAUUCUGUCGAUUGGCGGCUGUAUCCUCCGGGGAGGGUGCAUGAUUUCGAGUUUUGGGGGUAUUAUAAUAAUCAGACUGCAGCGGCGGCGGCGGCGGAAAGUACAAUUCCAGUGAGCUUUGAGAGUUUAACGUGGGAUCUUUAGAUCAAGUCCAAUAGUUUUCCCAAAAUAACUUGCGCUAGUGUCAUUUUUUCGAAAAUAAAUAGUGACUUUUGCCUAGAAAUGAAAUUGCUCGUGCAAUGCCAUUUUUGUUGUGAAAUUUCCUUUGUGUCACUUUUCAAGAAAAUUUUCGUCGAUGGUGUGCUUGCGCAAUGCCAUUUGGAAUUGGUUAUA